GGCCUAACAGGGAAGACGACAUUUCCCCCUAUCCCGUCGAGUGCGCCGAGAAUUGCUAUAGUUGCAUACCUAGUUAAAUGCUAUCGAAUGCGACGUAGACAUAUUCGAGUUGGAAAAUUCGUGUGAUGCUGGCGAGAAAAGCGCGCGCGUUUGAUUGAAAGAAAAAAAGGAAAAAAAGAAAAUGAACAUGCCUUACACUCAUGUCAGUUGUUUUGAAGAGCUGCAUACUGCCUUAUCUAAAUUUGAAUGAGAAAAACCGAAGAGACGAAGUUCUAUGUGUAUAAAGUACUACAGCAUAUAUUUCCCGUUUCUUUUAGAACUUUAUUCCAAGAGUCACCCUGAUGGGCUUUAAAGGCAAACAGUGAUCCCUGGGCCACCCAACGUAGUGCGCCAAGAUGCUCAAGUCGAAGAAGGUGGCGAAGGUGGAUGCACAGGUGUGAGUGGCGCGAAAGAUAAACGACAAAUGAUAAGGAAGAUAGCAAGAUUUUCCUGUGUAUUUUUUGUGUACUACUCGUAAACGAAAGAAGCCAACUCGGUGGAUUUGAUUUCCCGAAGCUACAUUGCUAGGAACGUGAUGGCCGUGGAUCCUCGUCGACUAUCUUGCUACUAUCAGUACGUGGUUUACCGUUGAUGCGUCGCGUCGUAGCAGAGAAUGAAGGAUGCUCUCGUUAUAUUUUGACUAAUGUAUGUUGCAAGAUUGAUACGAGAAAAAACCAAAUGUGAUUUCGUCGUUUUGUGGGAAAUGUGAUACUGAUGUUCAGUCAAGUGCUCGUCUCGAAUCGGAGAAAGGAAAAUAAAAUAACAAAAAAAAGUCACGUAUAGCGGUGGUUCGUGAAGAUUUAGGAUUAUCUCAAGUGGCGGCGCCUGGUAUUUCACGGUGUUGAGAAGAUUAUUUAUUAGUCAACGGCAGAUUAACGAGCGGCGGAGGAACAACGGUAAAACGAGACGAUCAGAAAAUCAUAAGCUCGUAAACUGACUGUAUGCAUUUACUCAUCUGUGCUCACGAAAGGUGGUCCACCAGUGUGUAAUAUCCUCGCUGAAUCGCAAAAGAACAUCAAAUCAUUUACAAUCCGUCCGUUAAAAAUCAUAAUCGUGUUGAUUUGUUUGUUUUUCCCGCCCCAAAAACGAUUCACGUGACAAUUUCAUCGGCUGUUCAUAAAAUACCUUUUUGUGUUGCAUAAAUCGAUUUUCAUCACUAGCAUCCACAAUGAAAACAAUGGAGAUCGAAAUUCAGAAUCACAUUUCGCGCCUGGGCAAAUUCACUGUCACGAAAAGUGAAAAUGAUCGCCUUCUGGAUGAAGCGUGCACUAUGCUAUCAGAGCUGCUGCCACCGUUGGGUCGUAUGGCUUCGAAGAUGUCGACCGCUAGUAGCAAUGCCGAAGGGACAACCGUCAAGCCUAACUCUGCUCCAGCACCCGCCUCACCAUCCGAAGAGGUUGACACGAACAUUUCGAUUGAGUUAAUUACCGAAGACGACGCCGAGGCAGUCCUGAAAUUGCUGAAAAAGUUUUUCUUCAAGGAUGAACCGUUGAACACAUUCGUCAACUUAGGAGAAUGCAAAGAACUGGAGAAAUAUUCUACCAAGAACAUCCACGAACAUUGCUCAUACAAGGCCGUAAAUGGGCGAGGUGAAAUUGUUGGAGUAAACAUCAAUGGAUUAAUUCAUAAGCCGCAAGCAACCGAUGAGCCUCCCGCAAAACUAGCCGAUGGUUGCCAGCACCCCAAGUUUAAGAAGAUUAUGGCUCUGAUGGACUACGUAGAUGAACAAUUCAACAUAUUCGAUUUGUAUCCCGAUGUCGAUCAAAUGUUGGAUAUAAAAAUCAUGUCGGUGGAUAACCGCUACCGUGGCUUGGGAAUUGCCGGAAAGCUCACUGACCGCACUAUGCAGUACGUCAAGGAUAACAAUAUCAAACUGAUCCACGUUUUAUGCAGUAGCCAUUUUUCCGCACGGGUGAUGGAAAAGAUGAGCUUCGAAGAAGUUUACAAACUACCGUAUAGUGAUUACCUAGUCAACGGAGAGCAGAUAUUCGAUCCGGAGAAGCCACACUCCGCUAUUCGAAUCUUAACUAAAAGACUGGCCUGAAGUAGUCGAUCGGAGCGUGACUACUAGGAACAGAACGAUUGAUGAUAUUUGCUGAAGUCAGUUCAUGUAAUUUCAUGAUUUUAUGUCCCGUACUGCACAAUUUUUGGUCCGAUGUAAGAAGUAGCAUUAGUUAGUAGUUAUAAUAGCUAAGCUUUUAGGCAUUGUCAAUUAACGUUGUUUGACAAACAUAUUCCUUAUUUUGAAAAGUGGAAAAGCACGCAAUCUUUGAAAGAUUUUAGUGAUAUUUUGAAAUACAGUGCAAAUACUGUGUCGCACCAUUGACAUUGUAUAUCCGUACUAUUGCAAUAAAAGAUUGUUUGACAUUUAAUUAAAUUAUACUUCGAUGUAAGCACAAAUAAUUUAUGUGAAAUAAAUGUAACAAAAUGUUUCA